UUACUUUUUGUAUAAAUACAGAUGCGCAAAGUGCAUUGCCAGUAUCUUCACACAAAGCCAUGGCAAUGCUUAUCGUGAAUAUACUUUUGUUGUGCGCCAUUCAGUGGACUCAAGCCGACAAAGAGCUUGUAACUUUGGAGGACCUCAACGACAACUAUGACCGUCGAAGUUUUCGAAUCCGGCUGCCAGAUUACUUGCGUAUAACCAUUUUACGAGAGAACGCUGACAAUGUCGAACUAUAUCUUCAUGAAAACAAACGUCUCAACGCUAAUGCACCAGUUUACGAUGCAGGAGAGGAGAACGGAGUACCAACGGCUAAAGAAUUUACUAAAGUCCUACCAUUCAUUGAAACCGCGUUUUACCAUGACAUGGCUUCCAGAGCAGCAUUGAAAAUUUCUUGCUCGAACCUACCUUAUAGUGAAUGCCAGUGGGUUCUGGAAGGAAUUCUGGACAUAGACGGGGUCGGCUAUCAGAUCGCACCCGUUUUGCCUUCAAACUCAAGACGAGGUAUAGCUAGCGGGGACAAAGUGAAGCAUUUCCUAGAAAAAGUUGCUCCGGGUGAAGUCACACAGACAAACAUCACAGUUGAGGACAUAGCUGGUUCCUCCGAACAUGACCACAAGGAUAUACCAGGAGUACCAGAUACAGAAGGUCUUCCUGAAUAUGACUACACGCUCUUGCCAGAAGAACCAAACGUGUUUGAAGGAGGUGAGAACAACCUUCGAGCGCUACUUCAGGAUGAAGACAUUGAAAAGACAAUCAAGAAAAUGUUUGCGAAAGAGUACCGACAUAAAAGGGAGUCUGGAAAACAAUAUGCUGUCGAGGUGGCUGCAGUUGUGGAUUCCUCUGCAUUUCAAAAGUACAGCAGAUUGCAUGGCGGCGAUUUCAUGAAAACCCUGCAUUUCAUGCGAAGUCGUCUAGCCACUAUCUUGAAUGGUGUUAGUCAAAGGUACGAGGAGAUCGAUGAUCCUGACAUGGACGUCUAUGUGACAAUUUCAAAAUAUGUCAUUUACGAACAUAGAGGCACAGUUGGCCCACUCCCAGGCACUGUUAAAACAUACAAGACAGAUCGGUAUGAAUUUGUCGACAGUGAUGUAUAUAUAGACGUGCUUCCUGACUGGUUAAAAACAAUGCCGAUACUGAAACACGAUGAUCACGUGAUGGUCUUUACUGGAUACGAGUUAUAUUAUGGAGGUAACGUGGGCAAUCAUGUUAUUGAGGGUGUUGCCUAUAACCGUGGUGCUUGCGGGGAACUAAGAGUGUCGUUACUAGAGGACGACGGUAGUUACUACGGUCAGACCACUCUUGCAGCUCAUGAACUGGGACAUAACCUUGGUGCCGAACAUGACGGCAUGGGAGUUACAGCACGCUGUCAUCCAAAUUACUAUAUCAUGGCGCCAAGCAUGCCAGCCUAUUUCAGUGGAAAUUCUUACCCUGUCAACCUGGGGCGAUUCUCUUCAUGUUCUGUCAGUGCGUUCAAGUAUUUUUUUGGCAGAGGUGGUCGCUGUUUCACAAAUCUUGCUAAGGAUAAGACGAACUAUAUAUCACCCGAAGAACCUCAGUCACCGGAACAGCAAUGUAAAUCUGCUGUGGGAAAUUAUUCCAGCUUGUGCUCAGAUCCGGAUGACGAAGAUAUAUGCCGUGUAAUGAAGUGCCAGGGAAAAUGGGAGUGUUCCUAUCACGUCCCAGCUAAAGGAACACGAUGUAAUCCCUAUAUGUGGUGUAUUGGUGGUCGGUGUGUAGUAAGACCUGAUGCUCCUGCGGAUGCAUGUAUAAAUCGGGGAACGGACUACUUGAGCUGCAAGGAGCUUUCUGAUGUUUUAUUCAAGAAGUUUGACUACGUUCCAGCAGUCUGGUGCCAGGAUCCGCGCUUGAAAAAAGCCUGCUGCCAUACCUGUAAAGAUUAUCCGUGCGCAGACGGUGGAUACUUUAGUUGGAGCUGUCGGCUUUUGUCACAGGCCAUGUACAAUAUAUUUAAGCAUGAACCAAGUCAAUGGUGCAAGAGGCUAAUAUAUAGGGGAUCUUGCUGUCAAUUCUGUAAAAAACACGGUGUGUAAUUCCCGCGUUGUUGCUGAACGCCUACCACAAAAGUGACAGUCACUUUAAGUAAAACAAAUGAUACAUUGCUGUAGCUAGAAAUAUCAUUUCGAACUUUUUUAUGUUGAUUGUACUCGCUCACAGUUUGGGUGAAUUUUUUCAAGAUGUUUAUUUCAACAUAGUUUGGCAAUGAAAUGUAUAUUCGACACUGAUAACAAUUAUGAAGGGUGUGAAAAUAAGUUGUUUAAUAUUGGCAAAAAAGCAAGAAGACUGCUGAUUUUCUCCAUUAUUUCAAAAGUGUUACUAACGGUUUACCAAUUUCUGCACAAAAUAUUUUUGGUUAUUUGGUUUAUUAUCUUGCAAGUAUUAUGUCAAUAAGAUUGUACCGUAGGCCUCUUAAAGACGCGCCACAAAAUAAAUGCAUUCUUUUGUAUUUAUACACGAUUUGCAAGAAAAACAUGAAUAAUACACGUAUCUACUAACAAACUGACUGUGAUAUUUAUUAGGUCAAGACAAUGUGUUUACUGCACACAAUAUUUGAUAUAUUAAGCCGAAUUUAGACCACAUUUUUGCUACAGUACAAGGGAGUUAUUCAUCUAUGCUUUUAAACCUAUACUGAAAAUAAAAUGACUGAAUAAGUUUGCAGAUGAAGUUGUAAAACACAUUAAUUCAGGGAGGGCCUAAAUUAUCAACCUGUCACCAUGCAAUAUAGCUGUAUUAUACCAGUUAUAUCAGAAUGACUUUCACGAAGUUCAUGUGGGAGGAAAAAGUAGGUCACUAGGUUGAGGCGGGUCUUUAACAUGACCGGAAUUUUUUAGAUUUCUGAAAAAAUAGCCCCAAACCUGUGAACGAGUAUUUAUUAAUUCAUAUACUGUUUUCACUAACUUUGCUUUUGUUCUAUCAAUGCUACUAUCCAACAUAAUAAAUCUUAUCUAGAAGAUGA